AUGGCUAUAAACUGGUUUCCUGGGGGAGUUAUGAGGGCUUAUCUCCUCAUCCUCGUCUUUUCGCUACUUUGCCUGCAUUUUCGUGUGGGACAGCUUCAGAUUCCUGUGAUCUUUCAGUUUACCGGCUCCGUCUACAAUGCUACGAUUUAUGAGAACGCUGCGCCUCGGUAUUACGUCGAGAGUGAAAUUAAAAUGGGGAUCGUUUCCCCACAGGCCGAAUCGUGGGACAUCAAAUAUUCCAUCGAGUCCGGCGAUGAUGAAGGAGUGUUCGAAACAGAAGAGUUUGUUCUGGGGGACUUUUGUUUUCUACGCAUACGGACCAAAUCUGGGGGCUCUGCGAUUUUAAACCGAGAGGUGCAGGACAAGUACGUGUUAAGUAUAAAAGCCAAAGCUUCUAGUAAUCUGGAGACAUCUGCAAGAGUCCAUGUGGAGAUCUUGGACAUGAACGAUCUUCGACCUUUAUUCUCACCUACAAUGUACACCAUCACCGUACCUGAAAGCACCCCCGUGGGGGUCAGUGUUGGCCAGGUCACUGCUACUGAUGCUGACAUUGGCUCCAAUGGUAAAUUCUAUUAUUUCUUCAGGGAGUUUGUGGAGCAGUUUGCUGUCCAUCCAACCAGCGGAAUUAUCUAUCUUACAUCCAAAGCCAAUGCUGACGAGAAUAAGAAAUUUGAACUUGAGGUAUUAGCGGUUGACCGUGGAAUUAAAGUCUACGAGAACAAUGGAGUGAGCAGCACAGCGAAAGUAGUAAUCAAUAUCAUACGAGUUAAUGAAUAUUCACCCUCACUGAACGCGGCUGCGCUUAGCAAUAAAGAUCGGGUAUAUGCCCUCGUCACAGUGGAGGAUCCUGAUGAGGGGCUAAAUGGGGAAAUUGAGUGGGUUUCAAUCAUUGAAGGUGACCCUCUAGAACAGUUCGUUCUCGACAGAGCCCCACUUGGAAAUGCAUACAUGUUAAAACUGUCUGAACCGGCAGACUGGAAUACAUUCGCAUAUUCCUACAAUCUUACCCUGCAAGCUAAGGACAGAGGCACGCCUCCAAAGUUCUCGAACACUCAAGUGCUUCAGGUGUUUGUUAAAAAGCCACAGGUAGUACGGGGGAAAUUUGAGAAGGAGGUUUACAGUGCUACGAUUAAUGAGAUGGCUCCUCCUGGGACCAUCGUACAGACUGUCAAAAAGACUCCCAAGCAGCAGUCUGUCAGCUAUAGAUUACAUCUUACCUUGGAUUCCUCGUAUUUCAUUAUUAAUACAUUUACAGGUGUCAUCUCCACAGCAAGGCCCCUCAGAGGGUUAGGUCAACAAGCUUUUGACCUGGAGGUGAAAGAGGAUGUGAGCGGUCUCAGAUCCAAAGUGCAAAUUACUGUAGAGGAUGCUAAUGAUAACGUUCCAGCGUUCAUCCAGUCAUCCUACACAGUGUCUGUCGAUGAGAACACUCCAGUUGGUACUGUUAUACUUAUGCUGUUAGCCGUGGAUGACGACCGAGGGGAUAAUGGACGCGUAACUUAUGGUAUAUCAAGCCUGGAAGCUCUGCCCUUUACUCUGGAUCAAAACUCUGGAGAACUGAAGACGUCAGAAGAACUAGAUUUCGAGUCGUCUUCAGAAACGUAUGUGUUCGCCGUACGGGCCUCCGACUGGGGCCUGCCUUACAGACGAGAGAGCGAAGUCAACGUCACCGUACAGAUCCGGAAUAUCAAUGACAAUCCGCCACUUUUUGAACGUGUGUCGUGUGCAGGAACGAUCGCUCAUGAUUUCACAGCAGGACAGACGAUCAUCACCGUAUCUGCUAUCGACAUGGAUGAACUCGGAUUACUAAAGUAUACAAUACUGUCUGGAAAUGAACAAGACGUCUUCAAUCUUAAUCCAGAUUCUGGGAUGUUGUCACUAAGAAGGUCUGGGUUUAUAAAAAACGAACAGUUUAGCUUGAAGGUAGUCGCGUUCGAUGGCGAGUUUUUCUCUGAGCCGACGUUCGUCAACAUAUCGGUUGUAAAAUCGAACGCGGCAAAGAGUUUCAACUGUAGGGACACAAACGUCGCCCAAAAACUAGCUGAAAACCUUCUGAAGAAAGCCAGCGCGAUGGGCAAAAUAAACACAGAAGAGGGUUAUAGUGACCUGUUUUCGGUCAACCGAUACGCACCCCAGUUUGAAUCUUUUCCCUCGGACGUGGCAGUCCGUGAGGACUUGUGUGUUGGGUCGACGGUCAUUAAAGUGAGCACCACUGACAAGGACACAGGCUUCAACAGUCUCAUUCUUCAUGUGAUAUCAGAUGGAAAUACUGAUAACUGUUUUAAUAUUGAUAUGGAAAGCGGAGAUGUUUAUAUCUACCAGCCACUGGACCGUGAGAGGUCGGACCGGUAUCUCCUUAACAUAACUAUAUAUGACAUGGGUCUGGUUCAGAGGUCUAGCUGGAGGCUACUAACUGUUAACGUUAUUGAUGUUAAUGAUAAUAGUCCUAGGUUCGCCCAGGAAAGCUACACCGCGGUGGUCUCGGAGAACACAGACGUCGGCACUGAGGUGAUUCAGGUCGAGGCCUCUGAUAUCGACCUCGGUCAGAACGGUGAAAUCUUUUACACUUUAUUAACCAACACACCCUUCUUCAGUAUUAACAGUACCACAGGAUGGGUCUAUAUUUUUGGCCAGCUAGAUAGAGAGAUUAUGUCAGAAUUUACCCUGAAGAUCGAAGCCAGAGACCAGGCAGACAGAGGGAGUCAAAGAUUCUCAGUGACCACGUUAAAGGUCUAUGUAGAGGAUCUGAAUGACUGUCCACCCGUGUUCAUGCCGACCAGUUACAGCUGCCUUGUCCUGGAAGAUAUUCCUGUCGGCACUGUUAUUACCUGGCUGCAAGUGCACGACCCAGAUUUAGCAGCAGGUGGGGGAGUCAAAUAUUCCCUGGCUAAUGACUUCAACGGGACUUUCAAAGUUAACAUGGAGAGCGGCGCCGUCAAGGUGGUCAAGGAACUGAACUAUGAGAAGAACAAGUUCUACAACCUCUCCGUGGUUGCUCAGGAUUGUGGAUUCCCCUCUCAGCUUAGCUCUUACUCUUACGUCGAGGUGGAGGUGGUCGACGUUAGCGAAAACCUGAACAAGCCGAGCUUCUCCGAGUUCGCAGCGAGAGCCAGUGUUAAGGAGAACUCGCGGCUCGGAACAAGCGUUGUUCAAGUGACUGCCAAGGACGAUGACAAGGGCAGGGAUGGAAUAAUAAGGUACUCAAUCAAAGCUGGAAGUGGCCUUGGCAGGUUCUUUAUUGACGAAGAGACUGGAGUGAUUUACACCAACAGUAUUCUGGACUGUGAGACGCAGGACUCCUACUGGCUCACCGUCUACGCCACAGACCAGGGGCCGACGCCCCUCUCGGCCUCCACCGAAGUGUUUGUUCAGGUGGAGGACGUCAACGAUAAUGCCCCCCUGACCUCCGAGCCCAUCUAUCAUGGCUACGUCCUGGAAAACUCACCCAAAGGUGUUUCGGUGAUGCGCGUGCAGGCCAGCGACCCUGACGUCACUUCCUCCGCCGACAAGCUCACGUACCGCAUCACUGCAGGGAACCCACAGAACUUCUUCACCAUCGACUCUAAGACAGGUCUCAUUACGACAACGUCAAGAAAACUGGACAGAGAGAAGCAAGCUGAGCACUUUUUGGAGGUAACAGUCACGGAUGGCGGUGAAGUCACCAGACAGUCCACAGCGUGGGUGAUAGUUCACAUUCAAGAUGAAAACGACAACACGCCCGAGUUUCCCGAGAAGCUGUACUGCAUCAGCCUUCCAGAGCGAGACCGGAACAAGCGUGGAGAUCCCGUCUACAGAGUCUUCGCUUACGACCGGGAUGACGGGCCGAACGCAGAACUAACGUACAGUAUAGAGGACGGAAAUGAAGACGGCAAGUUCUUCAUCAAUGCCAAGACUGGCAUGGUGUUCUCCAGGAAGAUGGUUACGGCAGGAGGUUAUGACAUCCUCACGAUAAAAACUAUUGACAAUGGAAGUCCUCAGAAGUGGUCAACUACACGGCUGCAUGUCGAGUGGAUCCGAAAGCCUUUGUCUUUGCCGCAGGCCUUGCGAUUCUCUGCACGGAUCUAUAACUUCACCGUGGCGGAGAAUACCAAAGUACCUGGAGAUGUGGGAGUCAUCUCGGUACAGCCAACACAAUCACAGCUCUGGUUUAAUAUCAUUGGUGGAAGGACAUCACAGGAAACGUUCUACAUUCCUCACACUUCCCGAGCUCGAAACUGCACAGCCAACACAGGAAUCUAUGAUGAACCAGACGUUCAGAAAGGAAUGGGGACCAUAAUGUUGGCAAAACCUCUGGACGCAGAGACUCAGUCAUUCUACAACCUGACUGUCCAAGUUACUGAUGGAACCAAUACAGCGACCACACAGGUUUACAUCAGAGUUCUGGACAGCAAUGACAACGCGCCGGUCUUCUCACAGCCCGUGUACGAGGUCUCGGUCUCGGAGGAUGUCCCAGUCGACACCGAGGUUCUGCGAACUCGAGCCACGGACGCAGACGAACAAGCCAAGCUGACCUAUUCCAUCCACGGCAGUGUCGAUCCGGUCACGAUGCGCGCGUUUCGGAUUAACCCCUGCACCGGGAUCGUGUACACAGCCGACGUUCUGGACUACGAGGCGCGGACCCGGCACAUCCUUAUUAUCAUGGUAAAAGACCAGGAGUUCCCGUAUUACAGAGACCUGGCACGGAUCAUCGUGAACGUACAGGAUUCCAAUGACCAGAGUCCGUUUUUCACACACACAGUGUAUGAUGGGAAGGUAAUCGACUCGGCUUUACCUGGGAUGCCUGUUGUGCAGGUCACAGCCUUGGACAGAGACGCAGGGAGGAAUAAGGAACUGGUUUACUCCAUCGAAUCAGGUAACACUGGGGGCGCAUUCGGAAUCGAUCCCUUGUCUGGCAUGAUCUCACUGUCGAGGGAGCUGGACGUCACUGGCGUUGGUCAGUACGUCCUUACUGUGCGAGCCACGGACGGUGGAACUCCGGCCCGUAGUGCCUCAGCCAGUGCCAGGAUUGUCGUUACACUUUCUGAUGUAUCAAGUCCCAAGUUCACCCAACAAGAAUACCAGGCUGAGAUCGAUGAAAACGUACCCGUCGGAGCCUUUGUCAGUCACGUCAGAGCCAAAAGCAACUCGGAACUCAUUUAUGACAUCACGCAAGGAAAUAGCAAGAAGACGUUUAAGAUCAACCGCUACACCGGUGUAAUCACGACCCGAAGGUUAUUAGAUUUCGAGGCCACAACAUCGUACGCGUUGGUUAUCAGAGCUGUGAACAUGGCAGGGAUUGGUUCCAGCACCACAGUCAACGUUCAAGUGGUCGACGUCAACGAUAAUCCACCAGUUCUGAAACGGAUGCUUUACUCCGGUAGCGUUAGUGAAUCAGCCCCCGUCAACAGUGUGGUAUUAGCUGAGGAUGGAAGUCCACUGGUGAUCCAAGCCGCCGAUCCUGAUAAGAACCAGAAUUCUUUUUUAGUAUUUCAGAUCGUGGACGACGUGGCGAGGUCGUUUUUUACUGUGGACUCUGGUACCGGGUCAGUCAGGACCGUGGCUAACCUGGACUACGAGACUUUUAAUGAGUUUUACUUCCAGGUCAACGUCAGAGACAACGGUAGCCCGGAGCUGACUGUGGAAAGUCCUGCUGAGGUCAGAAUAAAGGUUGUGAACAUCAAUGACUCUCCUCCGAAGUUCUCUCAGGAUGCUUAUGAUGCUGUACUGCUGCUUCCUACGUACGCUGGGGUCGAGGUUUUACAAGUAAACGCAUCUGAUCCUGAUAUGAACUCCGACCUGAUUUUUUCAAUCUCUGAAAGUAACUUAGACGUGUUUGCUAUCGAUUCCAAAACUGGCGUCCUCACGGUCAAGAACGGCAAACUGUCCCAGGACCGGUACUGCUUCAGCAUUACGGCUUCUGAUGGGUGUUAUUCGUGCACAGCUCUCGUGACCGUGUUAGUCCGUGAGGCUCUGGACAGCGGCCUCGUCUUCAGUCGGCCUUCGUACUUCUGCUCUGUGUUGGAGAACAUUUCGAACACGUCUACCCUGGUGGUGGUUACCGCAAUAGGAAACCGUUUGAAUGAGCCUCUGAAGUAUGCACUGCUAAAUCCGGGGAAUCGCUUCAGUAUCCAUCCCACUUCUGGAGCCGUAUUGACCACUGGAAUCCCAUUCGAUCGUGAGGAGCAGGAAUACUUCGAGCUAGUUGUUGAGGCCAGUCGAGAGUAUGACCGGAUCAGGGUUGCUAGAGUGACCGUACAAGUGCAAGUAAAGGACGUCAAUGAUAACGCUCCUGAAUUUGUCGGACGUCCGUACUACGCGGCGGUGCAGGUCGAUGCCCAGCUUGGCUUGUCCAUAUUUCAGGUGUCAGCAACAGACCUGGACAAGGGGGACAAUGGGAGAGUUUCCUACGAGCUCAAAGAAGAGCACAGAUAUUUUGGAUUACACGGUGUAACUGGUGAACUUACCCUUAAGAGGACAUUCAUGGAAGACCUGACGAAUGCUGAGUACCCACUGGUCAUUAUUGCACGUGAUGCAGGUGACCCCUCACUUUUUACUGCAGUAGAGCUCCCGGUCAGGGUAGUUAGCAAAGCCAUGCCUGUUUUUGACAGGCGAUUUUAUGGCAUUUCUGUCCGAGAGGACAUAACCGUGUCCACUCAGAUUUUGAACGUAAACGCUACAAGUCCUCAAGGACAGAAUAUCGUUUACACCAUCGCGGACGCAGACGCCUCGUUCCCGUUUGACAUCGAUUUUGACACGGGCGUGAUCAGUGUCGUUUACCCAUUAGACUACGAGACUACCCCCUACUACAGGCUAACAGUCCGGUCCACUGAUACGUUUACCGGCGCUAAAUCAGAAGCGGAUGUUGAAAUUAUCGUUGUAGAUGUCAAUGACAACGCUCCGUUAUUUGAGAAAGCUUUUUAUUCCGCCACACUGGCUGAGAACUCACUGACUGGAACGUCAGUCGUGCAGCUUUCUGCGACGGACAUGGACUCUGACAAAAAUGCCGCCAUUCGGUACCAGAUACUUUCUGACGUUUUUAACAACACAGACUACUUUCACAUCGACGGCAUGAGUGGUCUCGUGCUGACAGCCCGCCUUUUAGACUACGAACUCGUCCGGCGACACAGUUUCACAGUCCGCGCGACAGACAACGGCUCCCCGCUUAAGAGCACCGAGGUCACGGUGACUGUCUCUGUGAUUGACACAAAUGACAACCCUCCAUCCUUUAACCAGCCUCUGUACGAGGCUUUCAUCAGUGAACUCGCUCCCAGAGGACACUUCGUCACCUGCGUCCAGGCCUCCGACGCAGACGGCUGUGAUGUUGACAGGCUGAGAUACAGCAUGCUUUAUGGAGAUGAAAGGAUGACUUUUGUCAUGGACUUUCAGACAGGAGUCAUCUCCUUGUCAAACCAGCGCAGACUGGGCGACCAGACGAUGUACGUACUUAAUGUGUCCGUAUCGGACGGCGUGUUUACUAGUACAGCGCAGGUGAACGUACAAGUUCUGGGGGCGAACCUGUACAGCCCGGUGUUCAGCCAAAGGUUCUAUCUUGCCGAGGUAAAAGAGAACGCGCCCGCAGGAACCGCUGUGAUCCAGGUAUCGGCUAUGGAUGAGGACUCUGGGCUUUACGGUCAGAUCAUGUAUUCGUUCAUUAACGACCUUGGCAAGUCUUUAUUUAAUGUAAGAGCAGAUGGAGUGAUCAGCACCGCCCAAAAAUUAGACAAAGAGGAUCCAUUACACGGUGACAUUGUGCUGAUGGUGAUGGCUCUGGAUGGAGGAGGAAAAGCAUCGUAUUGCACCGUCAGAGUGAUGCUAACAGACGAGAAUGAUAAUGCGCCACGGUUCAGAGCUGUCGAGUAUAAGGUUAGCGUUAAGGCUAACAUAGCCCCAGGUUCACUCGUGACUCAGAUCCAGGCUCAGGAUCCCGAUUCCGGGGACAACGGCAAAGUGUUUUAUUCGCUUUACAGUGAAGCUCGGCUGCCUUUAGUCGACGUUUUGGAGAUCGAGCCCGACACGGGGUGGAUCGUUACGAAGGGAAGCAUGGUGCAUUUACGAGGGACUGUCCUCUCAUUCUUUGUCAAAGCUACAGAUAGCGGAGUCCCCGCUAAACAUUCACUGGUGUCUGCAUUUAUACACGUGCUGCCUCCUGAUGCCAGCCUGCCAACGUUCAGUCAGCCCCAGUACUCGUUUACUAUACCGGAGGAUACACCGGUUGGCACAGCCUUGGGUUCAGUCUACCUCGGUACUUUUCAGAAAGCGACGUUCGCUUUAGUAAAUGGUGAAACGAUGGAGAGCAACCAAGGUAGGACGUUCGUAAUGGACAAAGACUCUGGCCUUCUCAGGCUUGAUGAUGCACUAGACUAUGAACUGGUGAGCAUUUAUCGGUUCAAAGUGGCCGCCACCAUGAGAGAAAAUCUGGUGGAGUCCAUGUCUGUGGUGGAGGUCGAGGUAAAAAUUCUAGACGUGAAUGACAACAAGCCGUCCUUCGAGACUAGCUCCUAUGUAGCUAUGGUCAUGGAAGGUAUGCCUGUAGGUACAAGAGUCAUUCAGGUGUAUGCUCUGGACCCUGACUGGGGCUCAAACGGCCAGGUCACCUACCGCCUCGGAGCGAUUCUAAACAAUGAGAAGGACCAAACCUCUGAGAGAAACGUUAGCACCAAUGCCAUGUUUGCAAUCGAUAGUAAAACAGGAUGGAUUACAACACUGGGAGACCUGGACCAUGAACGAUGCCCGUCGUACACUUUCAGCGUUGUUGCGUCCGAUCUCGGGGAGACGGUAGCUCUGUCUUCGACGGCUGUGGUCACUGUUGCCGUCGCUGAUGUGAAUGACAACCCUCCGACAUUUGAGAAGGACCACUACAGGGGCGCCGUGAGGGAGAACGAUCCGGUCGGCGAAGUCGUGUCUGUUCUCAGCACUCGAGAUUUGGACACUUCUGAUCAGAAUAGGCUGGUCAGCAUCUAUAUUACAGGAGGAAACCCCAGAGGAGUGUUCGCAUUAGCCCCGGUGCAGGGGGAGUGGAAGGUGUUUGUGAAGCAGCCGCUGGACAGAGAGGAACAAGACCAAUACCUGCUCAGUAUCACUGCCAGCGACGGACUGUUUGCCACCCGGGCGAUCGUGGAGGUCACCGUCAUGGAUGUCAAUGACAACAGUCCCAUAUGUACACAGGCCUUAUAUGAAGCCUCAUUUCCAGAAGAUAUACCCGUUGAUGGUGGUAUUCUGACUGUCAGAGCCACAGACGCUGACACGGGCUCCAAUGCAGAAAUUCAGUACUCCCUGAUUGGAGUAGGAGCCGAAGAUUUCAGUGUGGAUGUUAAAACUGGUGAAAUAAAGACGGCCUCUCUGAUGGACCGGGAGAGAACCCAUGCCUAUAAGCUAACAGCCCAGGCUACAGAUAGGGGAGGUCUUUUCUGUCGCUCUGAGAUCUUCCUCACUGUGACGGAUGUAAACGAUAACGCACCAUCCUUCUUUUUUACUGAGUUUUUAGCGAGUGUGUUCGAGAACGCGGCUCCCAAAAGCUUAAUAACACGAGUCCAAGCCAGCGAUCCUGAUGAAGGCAUGAACAGAAAGAUCUUGUACUCCUUGGCGAGCUCUGCUGACGGCGUCUUUUCCAUUGACCCCUCACUCGGAGUGGUGAUGCUGGAGAAGCCUCUGGAUCGAGAGCUCCAGGACUCGUACCGGGUCAGGGUCCAGGCCGCAGACCUGGCCGGGGAAGCCGACUCCCUGUCCACGCAAGUGGAUCUCACCGUCAUGGUUCUGGAUGUGAACGAUAACCCGCCGGUGUUCCCGAAGCAUGACUAUGCCGUUACGGUGCCCGAGGACGUCGCGGUGGGAACUGAGCUGCUGAGGGUCUUCGCCUCCAGUAAAGACACCGGAGUGAAUGCUCAGAUCUACUACAGUAUCAGUACAGGCAACGAACUGGAGAGGUUUUCCAUCGAUGAAGCCACAGGCGUUAUCAUGGUGGCUGAUGAUUUAGACUAUGAGGUGUGCAAAGAUUUUUACCUCAGAGUUGAAGCCAUGGAUGGUGGAAGCCCUGCUCUGAAAACAUCCACCAUCGUGAGCAUCGAAAUAAUGGACGUCAACGAUAACGCGCCCUCCUUCAGUGAGGACGUUUACAACGUCCUGGUCAGUGAAGAUGCCGCUAUUGGAGAGACGGUCACCAGGCUGUUAGCAGAAGACCUCGACAGCCAACUCAACGGACGCAUCACUUACUCAAUCCUGAGAGGGGAUCCGGGGAACCAGUUCUGGAUCAAUCCCGUCUCUGGACUACUAAAGGUCAACAAGGCGCUCGAUAGAGAGAAGAUCCCCAGCUACAGACUGUCAGUCCAGGCGUUUGACAGCGGAUCGCCUGCGAUGUCCACCACAGUGAGCGUGAACAUCGAGAUCGCCGACGUGAACGACAACGCACCAGCGUUCUCCCCGGCAAAUGCUUCAGCCGUCAUUCAGCUGAAUAAGCCGGUGGGUACCAGCAUCCUGACACUGUCAGUCUCGGACAAAGAUUCUCCGCGGAACGGAGGCCCUUUCGACUUCCGUAUUUUGUCCGGGAACGAGAACGACGUGUUCAGCCUGGACCGGAACGGAGAGCUGCGCUCGAACAAGGUGUUUAAGCCCGGUGCCACGCGGGAGUACACGCUGGAGAUACAGGCCCAGGACUCCGGGAAGCCUCGUCUGUCGUCCUCCUCCUUCGUGUUCGUACGGGUGAUCGGAGGCAGCGUCUUCAAGCCUGUGGCAUUUCCUCUGGAGAUCAGUGUGGUGAUGGCAGAGGACGUGUUUCCCGGUGGCAUCAUUGGCAAAAUCUACGCCAGCGACCGAGAUGAGAAUGACGUGUUGACCUUCACACAGUUGCCUCAGCCUAAGAGCUUGUUUAAGAUCAACCGACAGGACGGCAAGAUCAUGGCGUUCGGCGGCCUGAAGCCUGGCAGGUACUUUAUGAACGCCACGGUCAGCGAUGGCCAGUUCUCCGAGACGGUGGGCGUGACGGUGCUGGUAGAGCUUGCCACGGAGGAGAUGGUCCAGAAUGCGGUCAUGCUGCGCUUUCAGGACGUCUCUCCUGAGGACUUUGUUGGGACGUACCUAAAACACGUGAAGAAAACCCUGCACGGCAUGCUGGGAGGAACCGAAAUGGCACGAACCCCGGAGCCGCUGCACAUCGUGGGGGUGCAGCCGGGUGGCCGGUCCUCUCUGCUAGAAGUGCUUUUGGCGGUGGAGGCACAGAACGGUGGGUAUCUGGAACCAGGGGAGCUGGCACUGAGGCUAGGCGGACUGCGGGAGACGCUGGGAGGAUCGCUGCGGUUGGUAGACGUGCUGGAUCAGAGCUGCUCAGGAGAGCUGGACUGUGGAGAGAAGGCCUGCAGGCUCAGUCUGAAACUGGAGCCUGGAGGUCAGGUCGUUUACAGUACCACCAGAAUGAGCUUGGUUUUACCACGGUUCAGUCGCACAGAGAGCUGCGCCUGCUCAGGUGGAAUUUGUUCAUCGAAUUUGGAGCUUUGUGAGGGCCAGUCCUGUCCUCCCGACAUGCAGUGUGUGCGCACUGGACCAACAGCGCCCUCUGUCUGCCAGUGCCUGCCUGACAUGCUGGACCAGUGUACUGGUCAGACGUCUAUAAGCUUCGCAGGAAGCAGCUACAUCAAGUACAGAGUAACUGACAGCUGUGAGGGACAGGACAUGAAAAUGAGCCUGAAGAUCCGAACCCUGCAGAGCAGAGGCGUCGUCAUGUACAGCCGCGCCGAACCCUGUAUAAUGCUGAAGCUCGAUGAAGGGCGACUCUGGUUCCAGCUGGACUGCUCCACCAGUCUGGAUGUCCUGAGCAUCUCCGGCCGCCCAGUCAGCGAUGGUCUGUGGCAUGCCGUGGCACUGGAAUUGACCCAGAACUACACACUCAUCUCACUGGAUGACAGUUACGUAGAGCGCUGGCGUACCGCCCAGGCCCCCGUCCGCCUCUGGCCGCUGGGCACCGAUUGCUCACUGUUCUUCGGGGCACAGGUGACUCAGAGCAGUAGGCACUGGCCCGGACAGGCGCUCGACGGCUUCCAGGGCUGCCUCGCAGAUAUCGUGCUGAAUGGAAACGAGCUUCCACUGGAAAGCAAGCGGAGCCGCUACAGCGAGGUGACCGCUGUCAGCGAGGUGAACCCGGGCUGCGUGGUCUAUCCCGACCCCUGCCUGGGGGUGACGUGUCAGAACGGUGGCACCUGUGCCAGCCUGCCUGCUGGAGCGUUCGCCUGCAGCUGCCCACCACAGUACACCGGCGCCCGGUGUGAGACCAGGGUAACGUCCUGCAUGCCCACACCGUGUCAGAAUGGAGGAGAUUGUAAAGCAGUGGGCAGCACGUUUCUGUGUGGCUGCCCGCGAGGCUUCACUGGACUUAUAUGCGAUAAGGAUGUGAACGAGUGCGAGCGGGAGGAGUGCGAGAACGGCGGGGCGUGUGUCAACACCUUCGGCGCGUUCUACUGCAACUGCACCGCCGGCUUCGAAGGCCAGUUCUGCGGGCAGCCGUCGGCGGUUCUGGUCGGCACUCAGGCUGAGGACUUGUCCUACAUCGGCCCGGCUGAGGUUAUCGGAAUCGGCGUGCUGUCUUUUGUGGUGCUGGUGCUUCUUCUGCUGCUGGCGGCGUUCCGUAAGAAGAUACUGCGCAAGGAUUGGACCAGGGCUGAAGCGCCGGGCAUCACGACAGAGACGAAUUAUGCUCUGCGCAAAACAGGCACCGGAGCAGAGGGCAUCGAGUUCAGAGCCGUGCCCAUCUUUAACGGCGAGACUAACGUAGGGCCUCCGCAGGUCAUGGUGCGCCCUACUGCGUAUACGCGGCCCCGGUGCCAGGGGGAGAAAGCUGAAGGCCUGGCGACUCUCUCAUGCCCGCCGCUGCUGGGCAGCUUCCAGAUGGAGGUGCCACACUUCCUCGGGGUCCCCAGGAGAGAUGUCGCUGUUUGUAGUGUUGCGCCAAAUCUGCCCUCACUGCUGCCGAACUGCCCCCUUCGCAAACCUCCCUGGGAGAAAGAUGACACUGAUGGAGGCGACGAUGAUGAUGAUGAUGACGAUGAUGAUGAAGAGUUUAAAGCUUUGAACUGGCGUGAUGGAGGGUAUCAGGCAGAGGAAGUGAACACAACACGCGAACCCAGUGGUGCUGUGGAAGAGGCUGCUUGUUUGUCGGACGGCAGUACCAGUGAUGUCCACUCUGCCCGAUCCGAGUCCUGCGAUGACAGUGGCUCCAUCGUGACGGUGAUACAGCUGGUCAGUGACACAGUGGACAGCAUUGAAAAUGAAGGUAUAAUAUUUUUAUUACACAUUAUACACAGUACAUUCGGAGAGCAUUUACACCCCGAUGGCCUGUACGUCUGUCUUACAGCUCACCAGUGGAGGACUUCACCGUACACUCCUAAUGUUUUAAUGCCAGGACUGGAAUCCAUAGCACCCUGCCAGUCCACACAGUGGCCUCCUACUCCUCCUCCUUCCAUCCCAGCUCCUUCACCUCCCAUUCAUCUCAGCCCUGCCAGGCUGGGCGGCAGUGUCCGUCUCAGCCGCUCCACACACUCUUUACAGACUGGCUAUCCACUGCGGAGAUACGACGGUCAUCGAGAACUGUCCCCGUGCAGGGAUGGAUGCGCCCUACGUACGUGUAAUGAGAGGAGUCCUUCCUACAGCGGCUACCACGAGGGCAGGGUCAGUCCCUCCUGCUAUCACUACAGCCACGGGAGCGACAGGCUACCCGUCUGGCAAAACUAG